ACACAUAUAUAAAUUGGAUAGGUUUCCAACAGAUAGUAGUGACCACGAGAUUCAGAAAAAAUGCGCGUGAUCUUAAUUUCGAUUCUGAUUAUUGUUGCCUUCUGUAUUCAUACAGCAGAUGCACAAUAUGGAUACUACAGCCCAUAUUAUGGUGGAGGAUAUGGUAACUAUGGAGGAUAUGGCAACUAUUACCCGAGCUAUUCUUCCUAUUCUUACUAUCCAAGUUAUGGAUACAAUAACUAUGGAUAUGGAAACUAUGGAGGAUAUGGUGGAUACAAUAACUAUGGCUACAACUCAUUUGGCUUCUGUGGAAUUCGUUGCCGUCGAUUCCAGCGUCGUUUGAUGUGGGCUCAAAUGAUGAAUUAUGGAAUGUACGGAAAGAAAUAAAGAACUGAAAACAUCAAUACCUCCGGAAAUAUAUCAUAAUUUGUUUUGCAUAUCUCAUAUUUUCGCAAUUUAAUCCAAUUUCAUCAAUUCUGAAUAUGAGUUCAAAUGUAAUAUUAAUAGAAUUCGUGAGCGCAGGUGGAGCACAAGAAAGACCCCCUUGCUCGGUUUGUAGCUCCUCCCACAAAAUGCCAAAUACUCUAUCAUUUCCAUUUCUGCAUAAAAAUCCCUUUGUUUUGCAUUUGACAGGAUGUAUCUGACAAUUUUUCUUUUGCUGGCGUUGGCAGUUUUUUGUAUUCUCUGUUCUUAUACAAAAUAAAGUCAGAACUUUGAAAA